UUUUGUCAGGUAGCCUAAAUUAAUCAGAGGCUAAAUAGCAUGGGAUGGGCAAAUCUGACCCAAAAUGAACAAAGACCAUUCAGAUCUGUUCCUGUGUUUUUCAGAUUGUAUUCCCUACAAAUGUUAAAGGCUGGGAUUAACUUAAAAGAAUUAGGUGCCCAAUUCUUCCUAUGUGUCUUUAUAAAUUUGGAACUGAUGCUACAAUGCACUGUAUGUGCAAAACUCCCAUUAAUUUAAACAGGACCAUUAUACUGUGGAAAGGCUACAGGAUCAGGACCUUUGUUGGGAAGGGUAGCAUGUUAACCCUGAGGUCUUGAAGCUGAGAGGAGAUGAUAGGGGAAGGAGUAUACUCAUACUGUGGACACAUCCCUAAUUGGUUUGGUCAACUGGGUCCAUCUAGUGUCAUUGAAUUUUAUCUAACACAGUAUUUCAGCUCAGAAAUGCUGACUGCGAGCAAAGCCAUGGCUCAGUUUAUAAGUGCUUUUUACAUUUGUGUACUCUGGCUGUUGGAGUUAGCGCAACAAUGGCCUUGGGGGAGCAUAGCCUACUAAUCUUGAAUGAUAUUUUUUUAAAACACAUGUACACACUACCAUGAGUGAGUCUGAUUUUAUUUGUCUCAAGUAGGCAGGGCUUGUAGUAGUGCCAUUCACCCUCUGCUUAUACAUUGUGCUAUUUCCUGCUCCCUGGGUUUACUGUAUGAAGGAUACUAUCCUUUCAUUCACUAUAGAUUCCUAUUGCAAGAUUUAGAGACUUCCCUGCAGUAAUUUCUACAGAGUUUUCUAUUGCGUAAAUAUUAAUUCUUGAUUCUGAAAUUGAGAAAAAGCUAUAAUCUUGGAGUAGGAUUUAGAAAUUACACUAUUUCAAAUGGUUUCAAAAGCAGACGAUUUAUUCUGUUUCUUUGCUCCCUUCAAGGAGAUGAGGUGUCUGGAAAAUUUUACAGUUCAGUUUUCCAAUUCCUUGUGCAUCAUUAAUUUAUAAAGAAGUGAAGCAUCUUCCAGUAGUUCAUCACUGAACAGCAAUCAAUCAGACCACUUUGUAUCAGAGGAAGAUUUAUUAGAAUCUUAAUUUCUAUUCCACUGUUCAUUGGUAAAGCACUUCACAAAUAUACAGUGUCAUCAAAAUCACUGCAGCCACCUUAGGGGAGGAAAGCAGAGGCAUUACAUAAGUGUUAAAAGGCACAUCCUAUUGGAAGUGUAAGGGGAACUUAAGGUAGGUGGAAUGGCUUUACUGAAGAUGGAAUUUGACUCUUUGGGGGAGGCCUGAAGAAGAGACAGAGCACCAAGGGGUGCUUGGAACUGCUCAGAUGUAAUUUCACUACUCCCUCAUAGGAGGCAGAACUUGCUUGACUGUCAUCUUGCUUCACAUUGGACCAGCUGUCUCACUAAUUUCUACAAGAAGGUAGAGCUAUUAGGAUAGUGUGAAACAGGAGAAUCUGGUCAAAUUAAUUAAAGGAGGGGUGGGGGACAGUGUAGAGUUGUCUAAAUGAAGCAUGGGAGAGGCAUAAUUGUGUGGUGGCUAAUCUUGAGUUUGAAGAGUUUGCAUAUCAGCUGUGUUUUAUUCAAAUAUUGUUUUUUCCAGGUGAAAAGGAUGAAGAAAACUUAAAGACACAUCCUCUCAUGUCAAAUAAAGGAAAGGGCUCGGAUUUCUUGGCUGCCUCCUCUAUGAAGAACUCUGAGGCUGCUAAGUUAGAGGAAGCCCAGGCACCAAUCUUGAGCCCUCAAGAGGACAACAUUCAGGAGUGUAGCCAGCUGCUUGUACAAAACGCACAAGGCUUGACCAUUCCCCUGCCAAACUAUACCUUCCCACAAACAGAGUCUAACAGCAGGAGUGAGUGCACAGCCCUUGCAAGGACCUCUGCUGAUGAGACAGAAGACUUUUUCUCCAUAAACUUCACCCAGGAUUCGGAGGGAAAUAGGGUUCUAGCUCACAGGAGUUCAGCUGACUCAUUCACUGGGAGAAUUUCAAGGAAGAGAAUGAGUUACUUUAUAGGUGAGAAAGAGGGCCAUUUGUGCUGCAAGAGGGAGAGAACUGGAGUGGGUCUCAAACCUAAACACCUGAUGAAAGGUAGGAGGAGAUGUAAAAACCUGCCUCCUGGUGGAAUUUCUUUUAUGGAUUUCUCAGGGGUUGAGAAUGUAUGUCCUGUUCCCAAGGAUAACGAAGGCCAGCAGACCAAUUGGCCUCUAUCCCAGGGGCAAACUACUAAAGCAGAGUUUUUGAGAGACAGUAGUCAAAAUUUUCCUGGCUUUUGGACAAGAAACUGUCACAAUAUGGCUGGUUCAGCAGAAGAGCAGGGGACCAGUAAGAGUAGUCCUACCACACAGUUGUUUACCCAGGAUUCAGAGGGAUACAGAGUCAUUUCUCACCAGCACUUCUCUGAGAGCAUCAGAUCACCUUUGCAGAAAAAGUAUCUGCAGGACAAAACCAACUUUGACCAUAGAGUGCUUAGCCCACCUUCUGUAGGCUGCUUUAAGGUUUAUUCUUCAGGAGCACAGGACAGAACUCCUUUAGCUACUACAGCUGUGAAUUUAAGUGAGCCUGAGUCAUGCUAUGAUUUGUUAUUCACAGAGGAUUCAGAAGGAAAUAGAAUUAUCAAACACUGAUUCAGUAGUAUUUUUCUGAGUAAAGAGGAUGCUAAAAGUGACUUUUUUAGAUGUACAUGAAAAACUCCUAAGGCAUACACAGUGCAUCACCUUCUUUAAGAAAGAUACAGGGAAUAUGUAAGUGUAAACACUGCAUAUACAGCCGUUGGCUAUGAGUGGUAUAGACCCAAACCCACAGGCUAUUUACUCUGCAUGCAGGAUUGUCUUUGAUUAAAAAGAGAUUAUAUAUGUGCAAAUAAAGUGAUCAUUUUAUAGUAAAAUGUGUUGUAAUUGAGUUUCCACAUCUGUUCCUUCCAAUGCCCUGCUCAGAUGAACACAGGCACCAUGUUGUCACACAUUGUAUCUAAGUGAGUAAACUCUUUCCUGGGGGAGGGGAGACAGACACACACCAUCAAUUUACAUGUUUGGCAAGGCUCUGCUUCUGAUGGUUCUAUAUAAAAGGAAGCAUGAGGGGUACCUUCAGUCCCACAUGUUGAGGAAUAAGGGUCCAUUACUAUUCAAGACUUAAGGGGAAAAAAAAAAAAAGACACCUUGCCAGUGAUU